AUGCCCUCAUCCAGGUCCUCGCCCUUCUUGGAGACGGAGACGGAGACGGAGACGGAGGUGGAGAUGGGCUCCGCACGGCGGGCGGUGAGUGCGGGCCGCGCGGCUCUCCUUCGUUCCCGUCUUCGGCUCCGCGCGGGUCCCUCUGAGAGGGCUCUGCGGGCGGCCCGGGACGCGCGGCGGGAGGCUGCGGGAGGCUGUGGGGCCGCGGCGGGGCGGGGCGGGGCGGGGGGGUCGGAGCGGCGCGGGCGGCGGUUGGCCCCGAGCCGCGGCGGGCGGAGAUGCGGCAGUGCCCGCUCCGUGCCGGCUGCCGCCGCUCCCUGCGGGGCCGUGAGCCUUCCCGGGCGUUGGGUGAUCGGCGAGAGGCGUUACGCGCCUCCGCCGGAAGGCUGCCGUGAGGAAAAACGCGACGGAGCGCUGUUGGCCGCCUGCGAACGGUGCGAUCCCUCCCUGAGCGCUCCGCUUUCGCUGUGGGAGCGGCGGCUGAGCGCUGCGUCGCGGCCCGGCGCCUCUCGCCCUGCCGAGGCCGUGCGCUUCGUCCCUGCUUCCAGUCCUGGUUUGGAUUCCUGCUGCUCGCUUGCCGACUUGCAGCGGGCUUUGGGGCUCCCGAGUGCAGGCAGAGCCCGGCUGCUCGCGGCAGCCGUCGCCCUGUGCCGUCCCAGCGGAUGGACGGCCGGCCGGCCGGCGGGAGGGGCUUCGGGCCCCUUUUCUGUCUUCCGCCGGCGUGACUCGUGUGUUCUUCCUGGCUUCGCCUCACCUCCUCGGUCGUUUGCCUCUCUUGGCUGCCGUGCUGAGGGUAAGCUCUCCAGCAGGAAAGGAAGGCUGGUGCAGGCAGCGCCCCGGUCUGUGAGCGCGGCGAGCGGUUCGCUGCCGCUGUUCCAGAUGCUUCUGUUUCCCUUCCAAGCGAAGGCUAAGGGAACGGCCCCGCGUCCUGCCGUUGCUAAGUGUGCCCGAGGAUGCUGUGCUUCAUGCUGUGCCUUCGCCUUCCUGCUGAGGAGCUCCUCUGGCUCGGAGCGCGUCCGUGGAAUCGCUCAGGUUGGAAAAGACCUGAAGGAUGACAGGCAGGUGUUGUCUCACUGCAGUUCAAGACAAUUUGAAGGUGAUGAGCUACAGCCAGCUCUGUUGGCUGCUGGGUGUGAAGCGGGAGGACCCGAAGCCCGGUCCCUUGCACGCCGAUGUCAUAGGAACGAGAGCUUUCUUUCGGUCUUCCCUCUGGAAAGAGAUCUAAGAGGCGAGUAUAACUGGUGGCUGGAAAGGUCUGUGAAGGACCGUUGUGUUUGGGCGGUCCUUUGUGGAGCCGGGGAUUGGACCUGAUAAUCCCUGUGGAUAUCCCUUCCAGCUCAGGAUAUUGCCUGAUUCUACGAUUGUUGUAGCUGUGUGGAGGAGUACAUAAGCACUGUGUCCCACAGCCUCUGAUUUUUUUUUAUUGUGUCCCCAGGCCCUGCCCCCUCCUUGGGGUCCAGUGGGGGUGGCCCUGGGGGUACAAAACCCACACCCCAUUGGUGGGAGCCACUCCCUCGGCUGCUGCCGACCCUGGAACCUUUGGAGGAGGCUCAACCGGGGGCUGGGGCCUGGCCCUUAAACGGGCACCAGGACUCCAAGAGCGCCUGGCUCCAUCCCCAGCAACGUUCUGUUUCCCCUGCUCAAAAGCGCUCCCCAGGGACAGUCCCUUUCAACUUCUCCAGGGCUGCAGCCGUAAUAGUGGUGUAAAUUGGCCACGGGGAUGGCGUCCGAUGGAGUUGGUUGUCAGUGCGAUUCUGUGCGCCGCCCCAAGGCCCUGUGGCUUCAGCCAUGGGUCGGACUGCGAGGCGGGGGGGAGGGACUCGUGCAGAUGCAAAUGGCUAUGCUUGUCUGAGCAAUAGUUGUCUGGAUCACCCCAACUGUUACCAGCCCAUUCUUCAGGAGAGACAUUUUCCAAGCUGAGCUAUGUCAGGCAGAACUGGGAGAUGGCCCUGGUGCCAUUUCCAUGCGUGAUCCCAGGUUGUGGUGUUUUCAUUGAAACUCUUGAAGCUCGUUUAGCUGUUGCUCUGUUUCCGGUGAUAACAACAGCUCAGUAGAUUACAUCCGCUGAUCCCAUCUUGUAACGCCUCUAUUUUACGGUUGGGUUUUCCCCUCUCCUGGCAGGAAGAUGCGCUCCAACCUCUUGCUGAUUAUACCGUGAUCUUUCCCGCCCUCCAGCAUCAGUUGAGUGCUCUCCUACCUCUGCCCACUUACACCAGCUAUCAUAAGCCAAUUCCUCAGGGAACGGAGGCUUUGUUUGGAUCUCACGUUUUGGUAGCUACUUGGUGACUGUGCUUGUCAUGCUGCUGCCUCCACCAGUUUGGCAUCGCAGGAGAUGACAAUUGCAUUUCACUUGGUUCUCCUGAGUAGCCAUGUCAGAGUUACUGAUAAUUGAACAAGAGCGGUAAUUUUUAGCGCAAAGCCUAACAUUCUAACAGCCCUUAGUCACGUAACGGUGAGGAGCUCAGUAACGCGAUUUAAUGAAAUGGAUGAGAAUUAAACAGAGACCUGAUUACAGAUUCAGGGGUGACAAGAUCCACGCUCAGUAACAGGGUACCUUAGAACAGAUACAGAUACAGACAGAUUAACAGAAAUAUCAAGUGGAGUAACACAAACCCUUGUGUUACAAAUGCGCCUAGUUAAAAGGCAUAAAUAAGUAGGGAGGUGGAUGUCAGAAUGAGCUGGCCUCUGCUUGAGCUUGGAGCAAAUACUCCCAAGGCCCUGGCAUUCCUCAGCGGGCGAUAACUGAGGCUGACUCGAGUGGGAGGGCUUUGCCCCGGCUUCUGCUGAGCGACAGCCCCGAGAAUUUGGUUGUCCCUGAGAGGUGCCUUGAGCCCGGUUUUGCCAGGUACUUGUACAGAGCAGCUCCCUUGGGAUUGUUCUGGGGCAAUGGGAUGAGAAGCAGGAGUCAGAUCCGAGAAGGGCUUGCCCUCGCGCCCCAAGCCACUGCCCCUUGCUACCCACGGCAAGCAGGGGCUGGGCAAGGGAAGGGGUGUACUGGCUGUACUGGGUCUCCACCUCGUGUUCAAGGAGAAGAAUUGCACCGAGAGGCCUGAGAGAAGGGGGAGAAAGUGGGGGGGGCGGGGGGGGGGGGGGCGCGGCGCAGCACUGCGCCCCAGGUUGACGCAGGCGUUGUCCAAGGAAUCAGAACAGCAGACCUUGCACGUGAGCCCAAUGCAGAGUUUUGCCAAGGGGGGAGGCAGGAAGAAGUUUCAGUUUCAGCCUUGCGGGUGGGCGUCUUUCUGUACCCAAAGACGUGCUUUGUGCCCUCGAUGCUGAGGGCAGCCACCCAGGGCUGGGGAACGAACGGCUGCACGGCCCCUGAACCCUGACCAGCAGGGAAACUGGGAGAACAGAAUGCCGUCACUGCUGAUCUGUACCCGUUUGACUCUGCUUUAAGACUCACUGCAAGCUUUCAGAAUAAGGGUCCCAUCAGAAGAAGACAGACAAGGAGCAGGGUUGAAAAGGAACAGGGUUGGUUUUAAUUGGUGGUUGUUGCUGUUGGUUGUAAAAUAGACAAUCAGUCUAUGGUGUUACACUGUCAAUGAUGUCAGACAGUUCCAGAAGGAGCUCGUCCACAUCCUUCUCAGCGUCCACCUCAAUUUCUCCUUCCAGUUCUCCUGUGAUCUCCAUCAUGAACUGCUCGAGAUCGUCCUCUUCAGAGACGAGUGCUUCCCCCGCCUCUGCGCAGCUCAGCUGCUGUGUCUCAGCUGCGUCUUGUGAGGAAUAGGAUGGUGCACUUGAGACCUCCGACUGUGCCACGGAGUCCGCCUGGCUUCCUGGAAGCAGUUCCAGGCUUGGGAGGACAAGGAAGAGAACAAUCAGUACGUGACAUCUCUAACUGGAGAAGCGCUUUCAGCAAGAAGUCGUCCUCUGCGAAAACCUGUUUACUGACUGAGCUACUUUUCCCCACGACUUACUCAGCAGAGAUUUUGAGUAAGCAAUUGAAAUCAUUUCAGAGGACCUGUGUCGUGGCAUAAUCCAACCAAGGAACAUCACAAACACCCCCUUCUCCCCCUGAUGUGAAAGAACUUAUGUCUAAUGGAAAAAGGGCACUGAUGAUGAACGAGUUGUGGUCAUCACCUGCUUGGAGGUGUUUCGACUGCAGGAAUGGUCACCAGGCUGUCCCCGGGCAGGGCUGGAACGAUGGCCUAGGAAGAAACAAGACAUUGUGUAUGAAGCACGGGACAAAGAUUCCUAGGUAACUUCUUUUCCCAGAGAAGCUGCGGAUGCCCCGUCCCUGGAGGCAUCCAAGGCCAGGCUGGAUGGGUUUCCAGGCACUUGGAUCUCGUGGCUGGCAACCCUGCUCACAGCAGGACAGGUGGAACACGAGAUGAUCUCUGAGGACUCCUCCUCCCUUCCCUCAGCCUGAGCUGAGCCUGAACCCAAAUACAGAACCACGCUGCUCCCAAAGGAAGCAUUCUCUUGAAGGUUACAAGCGACCUUGGGUGUUUUUCACAGCGCAGCAUCAAUGGACAAAAUCCUUCCCACCACAGAGCCAUCUCCGAAUCCUAGAAUCGCAGACUAUUACAGAGUCAUCACUGCUCUACAUCUGAUCAAAACAGGAAGUUUGCACAAGUAUCCUGUGAGACAUCUGCUGCCUUCAAAGGAAACAGGAGACCUGCAGAACAUUUGACACUCCUACGUUUCUUCAAGAGCAAUGUAAACAAACCUUCCGUAUCCGCUACUGCUUAGAACCCCCUGUUCUUACCGUAGGUAGUUUUUUAGCUGGGGGCUCAUCUGUGUCCUCAGCAGCAGAUGGAUGCAUCUCUGCUGCUUUUCGUUUCCGUUUCUGCUUGGGGGGGAAGGUGGUUUUCCAAUCAAUAGGCUUCACGGCCUCCUUGUGUCCACCUAGAGUCAAAGGAAGGGAGAGCUGGUAGAGUCCUGCUGUGCCUCGAGAGAGAUCCACGUUCUCUUAUCGUUCCCGCAACCCUUCCUCAAAGUUAAAUACACUUGACCAGUGGAGUUACACUGCCACGUGCUGGAUUCUCAGCAAUGUCUUCCACACAGUCAUCUCUGUCUGCCAGCAGUGCAUACAGAGGAACCAAGAAACCCAAUGGCUGCGCCCAGGAAUACCCCAGGGCAAGGAAAACUCUGACACAGAGCAAUCCUAGGUGGCAGCGUUACUUUUCUGAGAUGCCGUCACGAGCUCCCUGUGCUCACCCUUGACUCGUUUCUUGCAGGGCAAUUCUUUUACUUUUCCCUCCUCCUCCUCAGAUCGCUUGCGUUUUUUUCCAGCCGGGCCAUGGGAGGAAGUUGGGAUGUCAACUGCAGGGAACAGUCCCAGGAAAGAACAAUCAGAACAGCUAAGCAGAAAGACAGUGCAUCAAGCCCAGAUGCCUGUUGAGUAUCUGUACCUCUCUUUGGUGCCUUCCCAGGCUUCUUGCCCAGACUUCCUGCAAGGCCGCUCUUCGGAGGAAGGCCACUGGCGUCAGCUUCUGGCAGAGAGAAAACAAGAAGUAAGUGAAGAGCAUCUCUUUGGAGGAAGGUUUCAACACAGUCAGCCACAAGCUUUAAGUUUUGGAAGUCUGUCCCUCAAGCAGCUCCCAUUCACCAUCAACUGCCAUUCUGAACCCACCUGCACACAGUUAAUUUCAUUUCCGCUGCAAAUUGCUGCAGUCACCAAGGCACAGCCAGCUAUCCAGCUAGUGCCUUGGUAGCCUUGUUCCUCUGGUUUUCCAUCUUAGCCCGUAUCUCCCCCCGCCCCCCUCCCCCACCCCUCCCCCCCCCCCCAAAAAAAAACAACCACCAUUCAGACGGCCAAAACACAAACUAAUAUUUCUCUUAGCGUGGCUCUUCCCUGCACUCCCCACCAGUGAAUGGUUACUUGACAUCCCGCACCCGCUCAGAAGUAAUAUUCCAGAUUAAAUCUUUCACGCUUCGUGCCAUCAGAAACUCACUUUGGCUUGGUGGUACGGCCAGUCCGUUCCCACCGCGUUCCUUCAAGUGGAGAAAGGCGCAGUGGGCUUUCUGACAGCCUCCUGGUUGAUCCUCCCAAUAGCACGGAAUCUCACUGCGCUUCUUCUGAAGAGAGAAAGAAAGGAAGGGUCACGGAAACAGGCGCACGAGGUUUGCAAAGAGACGCAGCGUUCCGGGUCGUGCCAGAGAUGGGACCGUCACAGUGCUGAAACAUCACCUAUCACUAAAGGAAACACCUGGGAGCGCAUUCACAACACCUGCGUGAGCUGUAACCGCUCGGCAUAUUUCGCUUUCUCAUCCUUCAGGUAGAGGAGACAGGCGCUCUCAGUUCAGGGGGUUAAACCAAUACACCUGCUGCAAAAUGCUCCCGUUAUUCGGGAGAAACGGUGCCUUCAGGUGCCGUGGCGAAGUCCACCAGAAAUGAUCGGGCAGAGCCUUAGCUCUUGACCAUCAUCUCUCGCCCCACCCUUUGCUACUCCAAGCAGCCAGAGCACAGUUGUCUGAAGAAAUCCAGGGCAGACAAGGCCUGGUAGACCGCAAGCAAGCCCCGCUGGCAGGAGGGCAGUGCCCGCUCUUUCCUCCCACCCUGCUCCAGCAGGUGUAGGAGUCUGAGCAAUGCGGUCUUUUUGCACCUGGGGGAAAAAAUGCCUUUGGCACCUAGCGCAAACAGCUCUCGCUAACAUAGAGCUGAGGCAUGGAGUUCUCUUCCCCCUGCCUCCUCCCGGUCCCCUCUAGAAACAGAAACCCCUAAGAUUUUCACAGCAAACGUAUCUAGCCUGCACAAGUGCAUUCCGCCCACCUACAGCAAUGAAAAGCGGUUUUGUGGCUAAGUUGGAGAGCACGUCUUUAGGCAAACACUCACAUCAAUUCUCAUGUGCCUGAACUUGCAGUUGCCACUGGAACAGCGACCCUCCACCCACAGCCGGCACACUUGUUCGCUCCCCAGAGCCGCUUCACAGUGGCGGAAGGGACAGCUGUCUCCCUGCACGCAAAAGGAAACCACACGGGAAAAUAAGAGUACGGCCUGAAACGUGCCCAUGCUAUCAGCCCAGCUUGUUAGCAGCGAGCGCAGAAUCCCACCGGUUGUGAAGGUAACGCAUCAGUGGUAGGUCUCCCCCUGCUCCACCCCUUUCUCUUACGAAUGAGGACAAGGAAGAAAAUGCAGGCAAAGGAAACCCAACCAUACCUUCGUGCAGGUGGAGUAAAAAUAGAAGUAGCAGUCGACUCCUCGCUGAGACAUGAUGAAAUUCUCAGAGCAAGCUCGGCUUCAGAGGAGUUCCCUGCUCUUGGAAAGAGCCGGACGCCCUCCUUCUUGGACUGCUUGGAUCCGCAAAAUCGCCUUUCCGACCGGGACCCUGAGGAAAGGGUCAAGAACCGGAAAAGAAUGAGGAAUAAGCAUUUCCCCAGCUUUCCUUUUAUGCAAUUUAGACUCUCGAGGAGGGCAGCGUCUCGGAAGCAGCUGGUUGAAGAACUGUGCCAACUCUAGAUCCAACUUGCGUCUAACUGCCACGACCUCUCCCAGCAAGUACUGUCCUCCAUCUCACCUACAGUUACGUAACUUGCAGCACACAUUUUGCGUUCCUGUCAUGAGAAUGAAUCCAUCUUCUCCCCUUGCUGCAGCUGCAAGGGAUGCACUGGUACGACUCACGUGUUUGACGAACCUACGGUUGUGGCUUACCCAGGCACAGCUGCAGGCCUUCUCCCUUCCAGCUAACACACCAGCCCGAUGGCUGAGCAACACCGUCAGCGAGAGCGGGCAGCACCCGUCAGCCACCACCACUCUCACUGCCAGCCGGGACGAGGGCUGACGCAGCGUGUCCGCACUCCUGCGCAGCGCUCACGGCUGUGGCACUCACUGGUGGCAGCCACGGCCCGAAAGACAGUGCUUGUGAGGUCACUGUGCUUGUGAUGUCACCGGACAGUCCAUGCCCCAGCUGAGCACUUGGCUCUCCACCGUGACUCGAGUGGGGUUUUGUUAAAAAUAUGCUGGAUACGGCACAGCCAGCCAUCGGUGGGUCAAUAAAGCACAAGUUGCACUCUGUGAA